GAGGGUCCCGCGGGCCGUAGUUUGCCCACCUCCGCUCUAUACACUGAGCCAGAGCACAGCUAGAGAGAUGUAGGAUAGUUCUGCAAAAUAAUCUCCCCAAAACGCAGAGCCAGGGUCCGAGUCCAAAAAGCAAGGAACCACUCCUGUUAUCUUAUAGCACCCUUCCCUGCAAGAGGAGACAGCCCCAUUCCCUCACACUAGUAUUGCUAAUCCCAAGCAUUCAAAAACCAAGAGUCAGGGCUCGUCUACAUGGUGCAACACUGAUUAGGUUGUAAACUCCAAUGUGUACUAGCCCAUGUGGACCCUGCUGGCAUGCACUGAAAGUUCCCUACUGCAUGUUAACAUAGUACUGUUUGAAACAGGAUUACAUUAAUGCACACCACAGAACUUUCAGUGUGCACCAGCAGGGUCCGCAUGGAUCAGUUAGUGCACAACAUGUUGAUGUGCAUUACAAUUUAUAUCCCUCCCAGCUAUGUGUAGAGUCCAGCGCAGAUAAAAAAAAAUUGGAUCCGCAUCUGAGAUAAUUAACUUGUGUUUGACCCACUUUUUGUAUGUAUUCGCACCAGCACCCUAUCUCAUAAUCUCACUGUUAGAGCCCUACACGAAUCCAAAAAUGUGGAUCCAUGAUCAGCAAAGAUGGUAAACAGGCAAUGAUUACCCCUUACUCCCAUCCUGAUUUUUCACACUUUCUAUCUGGUCACUCUAAGCCAACCACACAUCAUCAUGGCAAAUCCCAAAGAGAUGCAGCCUCCUUGCGGAUCGAGUGCACCCAUAUUGAUCUCUAGCUUACUCCUUAAGGUAAACGGGCUGGAUAUUCAGUUUAUGUCCAUCAUUGACAAUGCUUCAGCAACCUUGCCACAGGGCUCCUGACCUACACCUGGAGAUAGAGCACAGGAGGAAGGGGGAAAGAAGUCAACUUCUCCACCUUCCAAAGAACUCUCUUGAACAGGGAAAGCCAUCUGCCCUGCUAGUGACACAGAAAAAGUGACAAUGUAGCCAGAGAAUGCCCUGGCCAUCCUGCUGGAACUGUGAUGCGAAGUUCUAGAGACAUCGUUUGCUCCAGUCCCUGCUGCUGGUUCUUCAGAGAAUCCUCCAUGGGCAUGUCUAGCCUAGGAAAGAGAGUUUCUAGGGAGAAUCCUCAUAUUGAACACCCAGCGUUUAAACAUUUGUAAAGUUGUUAAUUCCGGUCUAUUAGAUGAUAAGUGGUGUUUUUAAAAGUGUUAAUUCAAACAUGUUAGCUAAUGUUUUAAAAAACCACUCCUUUUUUCCUGGUCUAACCAGAGCCUAUAUGGGCUGUGCAUGGGGGUGAUUGACAAAAGUCUGGGGAAUGUUGCCUACAAUCCCCACAUAACCUCAGCAGAAAUAGCACUGCAUCCUCAGUGCUAUACUGAUGCUCUUGGCUGCAGCUACCCGUGCCAGUAGGGUGUGGUUCUUGGAUCUGUACUCACUGACCUUCUGACCCCAUCACCCCUCCGUGCUGUGCAUUCCCCCACAUAGCACAUCACUGGAUUAUGCAAGGUGCAUGGACUCCAAUGCUGCCUACCUGUAUCCUAGCUCUGGCUCAGUGUAGUGAAAUUCACUGGCCUUUAUUGGAGUUACAGGAUUUGGCUCAUUGCAGCUGCCAUGCAGAAGUGAGAAAAGCUGGUCCUACCUGGUAAUUUAAGGCAUAGGUGGGAGACAGCAGUUGUGAUGGAACCAUGACCAGUUGAAUUGUCAGUUGCUAGGCAAUAUGGAUCUUCACCAACUGCCCCUUGUUCCAAAGUCCUUGGGCAAACAUUCCUUUGUUUUUUUCUCUCUACCACUGAAAUUUGGCUUGGGCAUCACACACAUAGAUCCUCCUCCACAGAAAAUACAGCACUGCUGAGGCUCAGGAAUUCUGCUUAUAAGAAAGACACCCACCUAGAUACAAUGGGUGACGCAGAGAAAAAGCGUCUGAUUGAACUGAACAUGACAAGGGAAUCCUUGUGUAUGGUGGAAGGAAAAGGUGACUCAACCUGGCUCAGACCUCAGAGGAGACACUUCCCUCAAAGUAAUCGAAGUUCACUAGAGACCUACAGAGAAAAAGAGCCUGAGCUUGACACUGGCAGGAGCUCCUGGACAGCACUCACUCCUCUUCACCACAAGGAGAGGAGGCACUUUCCAGAAAGAAGAUUCCUUCUGAGACAUUGCCUUCGCUUACCCCUCACUAAGCCCCAGACACUGAUGUCAUGCAUGCCACCAGACUGCUGA